UAUUGUCAAAUUAAGCCAGAUAGGGGUUGUCCGAAAUUUAUUUGCUAGACCUUAAUGAAAGUACCAUAAAGUCCCUAAAAUAAAAAAAAUAUCAGACCUUCUUAUAUUAAAUUGGGGGGAUGCAGCAAGCCUUCCAGAAGAGCAGAGCUUACAGCCUAAUUACUGUUCGGGCCCUCCCCGUGAGUAGCGGCCUACCAGCCGUGAAACCGAUUGCUGCGCACCGAAGGCGAUCAAAGAGUGAAAAGAAGAGUGCCAAUAUGCCACAUAUGCGAUCAAGAGAGACGGCCCCUGUGGGCCCAACUCUGACAAUAAUAUCCGUCAAUAUAGAGGGAAUAUCAGCUGAAAAAGAGUAUAUACUUUCCGAUAUGUGCAUGUAUAACAAAUGUGACAUCCUCUGCAUGCAGGAAACUCAUAGAGGACCGGACAACUGCCGCCCUACCAUCGAGGGGAUGGUACUUAUUGCGGAAAUACAACACCGCCAGUAUGGAAGUGCAUUAUUUGCCAGACCAGGGAUAAGCAUUAAAUCUGCACAUAAAACACACGUGAACAAUAUCGAAGUCAUCACUGUCGAACUCUGUAGCUGCACUGUCACCUCCUUAUACAAGCCACCUAAUGAAGUCUUUCAGUUCCACAAACCCUUGAACUUCGAAAAUCAGCCAGUCCAACUGGUUCUAGGAGACUUUAAUAGUCAUAGUGAGAGCUGGGGUUACCGAGCUGGAGAUGAAAAUGGCAUCUUAGUGGAGGAAUGGGCAGAGUCCUACGGUGUGUCACUUAUCCACGAUCCUAAGUUACCACCCUCUUUUAACAGCGGAAGGUGGAAGAGAGGCUAUAACCCCGACCUUAUUUUCGCAAGUGAGAGGAUCUCGAAACAAUGUAUAAAAUCAGUAUGUGAGGUCAUACCCAGAACCCAACACCGACCAAUAGUCUGUAAAACAUACGCAGCAAUCCGGCCACGCACAGUGCCCUUUAGGCGAAGAUUCAACUUUGCAAAAGCGGACUGGGAAAGUUACGCCGAAGAACUGGACCACCUUAUAGCCGACCUCGAACCCACCUCAGAGAACUACGCUGAGUUUGUUGAACUGGUGAAGCUAGCAUCGAGACGACACAUACCACGCGGCUGCAGAACUCAAUACGUCCCGGGAAUGUCUGACGAUCUUCAAGAACAAGCAGAUGCGUACUAUACCUCCUAUGCUGCCGACCCCUUUUCCGAAGAAACCCUCUACUUGGGUCAUAAGCUUAUGGAAGAGAUCUCCCAGGCACAGGGGAGAAAAUGGAGUGAGCUAGUAGAAAACGUGAAUAUGACCCAUAAUAGCAAAAAGGCAUGGGCUUUCAUCAAUCAGCUCAACGGAGAUAAUAAAUCGAGCACAUAUCACUCUAACAUAACCGCCGAUCAAAUAGCACACCAACUACUCCUAAAUGGCAAAACAACAAACCCACGGAAGCCUAUUAAGCUUACUCGCCUCCCCUCCGCUCAAGAAAAUGACCAUCUGAAGGUCCCGUUUUCUAUUUCUGAACUAGACGUAGGUAUUGGAAAGCUAAAAAACGGGAAGGCAUCUGGAAUCGACGAUGUUAGGGUCGAACAAAUCAAACGAUUCGGACCCAAGGCCAAACUGUGGCUACUGCAGCUUUUCAAUUUCUGCGUCAGUACAACGUCUUUCCCAAAGCUAUGGAGGAAAUCCCAUGUCAUUGCUACACUAAAACCAGGCAAAGAUCCCGAAGACGCUAAAAGCUAUAGACCGAUCUCGCUACUCUGCCAUACAUUCAAGCUGUUUGAACGCCUAGUACUGGAACGAAUUACAACUACGCUGAAAGAUGUAUUCAUCGCCCAACAAGCAGGUUUCAGACCAGGUAAAUCCCAUCACAAGUACUCAACUUGACACAGCACAUCGAGGACGGGUUUGAGAAGGGUAUGGUGACUGGCGCGGUCUUUGUCGAUCUCACAGCGGCAUAUGACACAAUUAACCACAGAAGACUGGUGACUAAGAUAUACCACACAACUAGGGACUACAGGCUCACGCAAAUGAUCGCUGAACUAUUAUCUAACCGAAGAUUCUUUGUUUCCUUCGGAGGGCGCAAAAGUAGAUGGAGACGUCUCAAAAAUGGUCUUCCCCAGGGUAGCGUACUGGCACCAGCACUAUUCAACAUAUAUACAAACGACCAACCCAUUGAGAAGAACCUACGUCAUUUCCUCUUUGCUGAUGACCUGGCCUUGACAGCGCAAGAAAAAUCUUUCGAGGAUGUCGAGGGUGGCCUAGCGAAAGGCCUGGAGUCACUUUCAGAGUACUACCAUGAGAACCAACUUCGACCAAACCCAGCUAAAACACAGGUAUGCGCUUUCCACCUCAAAAAUAGACAAGCAACUAGGCAAUUAAACCUUAAAUGGGAGGGUUGCAGGCUGGAGCACACUCACGCACCCAAAUACCUGGGCAUAACGCUGGACAGGUCUCUCACCUACAAAGCACACUGCCUUAACACCAAACAGAAAGUGUCGGCAAGAAAUAACAUCAUCCGCCGGAUUACUGGAACCACAUGGGGCGCAGCCCCACAUACACUCCGUACUACCGCACUUGCACUUAGUUUCUCAGCCGCCGAAUACGCAUGCCAGGUGUGGAAGAACUCUGCACACACAGGUCAGGUAGAUAUUGCCCUAAACGAAACCUGUCGCCUAAUCACUGGGUGCCUAAAACCUACGAAAGUCGACCAUCUAUACCAAAUGAGCGGUAUCGCCCCUCCUCAUAUCCGUAGAAACGUGGCAACUGCUGUAGAACGCACAAAACAACUGUGCGACUCCCGACACCCACUUCAUGUACACACACCCACAACCAGUAGGCUAAAGUCACGCAGGAGCUUUGUCUCAAACUCAGCCCUCGAACACCAAACGGCGAAAGAGGCUCGUCUUAUAGCGUGGAAAUCGGAGCUCAAUGAAGACUCGCUAAGCAUUACACCCAACGAGCAUCUGCCCCCUGGUGCGAGAGAAAAAUGGGCGACCUGGAAAUCACUAAAUAGAUUAAGAUCGGGGGUAGGCCGAUCUAAAGACAACCUCCUAAAAUGGGGAAUCAACCCGGGACAAAGUGACGCAUAUUGUGAAUGUGGUGUUAUACAAACAACGCAACAUAUGAUGCAAUGUUCCCUGUGUCCAGCUAAGUGCACUGCAGAAGACCUUAUAAAUGCUACCCCCCGAGGGUUGGAGGUGGCAAGAUAUUGGCAAAAUAUUAUUUAGUUUAUAACUCAUGAUCCCUUCACACGAUAAGAAGUAAGAUAUUAAAUAGUGCUUACCAAUACCUUCAGAUCAUACUCUCGGAAAGUCGGAACAUAAUAAUACAAAAUUAUGCACAUGUCAACAUUUAGACGAGGUUUGUUUUGUCCUUUUACUUAACGAUACAGUCCUUAUUGGUAAAUGUCGACAUUCAUCUGAUUUUCAUCACUCUUUAUAUGCACAGUGUCACGUGACUGGGGAUGUAGUCCUCACGCUCUGGAGAUUCACAUCAGCUGUCGCAGCGCGUUUUGUGGACUCUUCUCUAGUCUUAUUACGAUUGUCCUAAUCGUUGUCGCCAUCAUAAUUAGCUUCGUACUCGGCAAUAUAAAAAUCGAGGACUUUCAAUACUUCAGCCAAUAUUUUAGUGACACUGUGAACCUAAUACUUCACAUAACGAUGUUGGUGACUUGUGGAAUAGUUUUCUACAAGACGCAAUCCCUAGACAUCAACAAUCAUCCGGUUCCGUGGCUGGACGAUGUCUUGUUGUAUAUCUGCGUGCCUGCGUUUUUCCUAGAAUCGAUGUUGACCGUCAUUCCUGCUAUCACGGCGCUAAACAUAGUAAAAUUUUUCGAUACUAUUAUUAUGUCUUUACAAAUGAUAAUACAAAUGGUCUUCAUAAUUGACGGCUUGCGGCGAUGCAGUAACUCUCGAACUCUGCGACGAACUAAGCCUGGAAGGGAACUUGUCCUAUUCUUGCUCGUCACGAAUGUGUCAAUGUGGGUGAUGUACACCUUCUCAUACCAGUCCCCGGACAGCAAAGACGUGAGAUAUAAGUACUACGGGAAAGUGGUGUGGCUCGCAAUCGGCCAUUUUUGCAAACCCAUCAUAAAAAGCAAAACAAAUGACAUAAUCACACUUCAGAAAAUAGGCAUGAAAAUUGAAAGGUCGUACGAUGCUUACAAAAUUUUUGUAAAUAAACACAAGUUGGACAUGUAUCUGGACAAUAAAUUAUGGCCCGACGGCAUAAAGUUUUGUCGAUUUAUGCGCUUUAAACCCAGUAACCCUACAGCGAGGAGUGGGGGGCAGGGGCUAAUAAACAAUUCUUCUUUUGAUAACGACCCAGUUAAAUAAUAAUAGUAGUACUUUUAUAACAUACAAUUGUAAGAACGUAAAAAGAAGCGUUGAAUGUGUGAGAUCGCUUCGUAAGAAGGCGGAUGUGAUUGCUCUUCAGGAAACUUGG